UAAGCGAAUGAUCUGAAUUUCUUCUAAUUCUACGCACUUUGAGUCCCUGUGUGAACGGAAUUCCCGCCAUUUUACUACGAGCAACGCCAACAACGUCAACAUUCUGAUCACAUUCACGCUGACAAAAUGGCGGCUACAAUUGUGAUGGACAAUGGCGGAUCUACCAUAAAAGUAGGGCUUAGUACCGAUAAUAAGCCAAGAUUAGUGACAAAUGCAUGCUGCAAAAGCAAAAGUGAGAGAAGAAAGGUUUUCAUUGGUGAUCAAUUGAAUGAAUGCAAAGAUUUUUCCGGCCUUUUUUAUAUUUUACCAUUUCAGAAGGGUUAUUUGGUAAACUGGGAGGUUCAGCGUCAAAUAUGGGAUUACGUUUUCAGUAAAAACUGUUUGAAUGUUGACCCGUCAGACUCAAAUCUUGUGUUAAGUGAGCCUCAAUUCAACUUUACAUCGAUAAAGGAAUGUAUGGAUGAAAUAUUGUUUGAAGAAUACAGAGUAAAUGCACUUUAUAGAAGCACAGCUGCCCAACUCAGUGCAUAUAAGCAUUGUCAGGAGAGUAAGCAAAAGCCAUUAUGCUGUCUUGUACUUGAUUCUGGCUUUUCAUUCUCCCAUGUGGUACCUAUUUGUGAUGGUAAAAUUGUCAAAAAAGGUGUUAAAAGAGUAAAUGUUGGUGGAAAGCUGAUGACAAACCAUUUAAAAGAGAUAUUGUCAUAUAGACAGCUGCACGUUAUGGACGAAACAUAUGUAAUCAACCAGGUUAGGGAAGAUUGCUGUUAUGUCUCGUCGAGUUUUAAUAAAGAUAUGGAGAUAUCAAAGAAGAUGCGAGAAGAGAACAUUAUUGCUCGUGAUUACGUGUUACCAGAUUAUGCCAAUGUAAAAAGGGGAUACAUACGGCCUGUUGAACAGAUGUGGGAAAAGUACAGAGGCGAAGAACAGCUACUACGAAUGAACAAUGAAAGAUUUACCGUCCCGGAGCUGCUUUUCAAACCAUCUGAUAUCGGAAUUCAUGAGAUGGGACUUUCAGAGGCUGUCCUCGAAUCAGUUGCUUCAACAUCUUUAGCAAUGCAUCCACAUUUCUACUUGAAUGUUAUACUAACUGGUGGCAACGUUGCCAUACCAGGUUUUGUCGACCGAAUAAAAAGUGAUGUUCGCAGUAUGGCCCCUAUCGAUUUUGAUGUCGAAGUGAAAGCUCCGAAGAACCCGAUCACCUACGCUUGGGAAGGCGGGGCAGAAAUUUCCAAAUCACCUGGAUUCGUUGAGAAGUUCUGCGUGACAAAAAGCGAGUAUGAAGAACACGGCCGAUCCAUCUGUAGCGAGAAAUUUGAUGGUUUCUAGAUGGAAGAAGAAAUUGAGGUUUUAUGGAAACGAAGAACAAAGUUAUUUCUGAAGUGAAUCUGUAGCUGUUAGUCGUAGAAACUUGAAUGGACUGCAUUAAAGCUCUGUCAAACGACAAUGGUUCGUCAGCCGUUCAGCGUAUUAGCCAUUUGACUAGGAACGAAAUUGUGAUGUUUCAAGUUUGCAUUGAAAAACGCAAAACUAUUUUAUCCAGCAAAUAAAUCACGCUUAGAAAUUUAAUUGCAAACUGAUUUCUGUCAUUGGUAUGCAGAAAGCCUUUACGAUAGAGCCGAGUUAUUUGUGACGUGGUGGAUAUCUACUAUUAGAUAACGCGGUGAGAAGUUAAUUUGGAGACGAUCAAAUCUAACAUAAUUUACAAAUGCUUGAAUGACCCAGAAUAUUCGUUGUAAAAGAUCCCGUAAACAGCGUACAAAAAGCAUUAGAAACAGUUAAAACUGUUAUCUUAAGUAUGCACGAUUUCCCUUGUUAAAUAUAAGCAAAUAUUAUUCACCCAGUAACUAUUACCAAAAUAAUAAGGAUUUCAGGUGUAUGAAAUAUUUAUUAGAAAGACUUGUGCCAUUUGAUUAAAUAGACACCAGAGACUCACCUCGAAGAUAUGACAACAAGGUUUGAAUUAUUUUCAGUUUGUUGAAUAGAGGUCUAGUUGACUGUAUUGACUCAUGAUGCGGGAUGAUUAAUCAUCGAUUGGUCGCUGAUAUAUUUUAGUUUGAAGGACUGGGUUAAAGCAGAUCUUGUCAUAGAUAAUCAUGCAGCCACAAGGCAAAUGCAACGAUUGUGAACCAGAAUCAAUUUCCAGGGAGAUCAAGGCAGACGAAAAACAUGUUGAUGAAGGAGCAAUGGUGCUUGAAAAGUCGCUAGCGAGUGUAAGAAACAAAACACUGCCACCCCUGAAAAAACCUUUAAAGACAUUUAAAUCUGAUGCUACAAGCGUGCCUCGCGACAAAACAUCGCAGUCAUCAAGAGGAGGGGCAUUCUUUCUUGGAAAUGAAGGGCCGAUUACUAGCAGAAGGACGCUGCUUCGUAAUUACAGCGAUGAUAGCGCUUGUCGCAAGGUCGGUUACGAUGGCGGUUACGAUGAACUCCGAAGAAAUAAUAUCGAUCGCAUGCGCAAUUACCACAGCUUUGACGAGCAUCGUAAAAAUGUCGACACACCGAACAGUCAGCUUUCCGAAUUCAGUCGAAACAACCGUACGAAGGGUAAUAUCAACAAUGGUAACCAUAUGAAUUCAAGUCAUCCUAAACUGCCGAAAAGUAGUGUUUUCGGGGUAGACCAACGUCAUCAAAACUUCGACGCCUACUUGAAGCAUGUAUUGGAUAAGAGAGAGGAGGAUAAACUGUUUGAUCGAAGCGGAUCUAGGGGUGGGGAAGUCAGAAGGGAGAGACCUAAAUCGGCUCGUUACGGGCAACGGAGGUCGCAAACAGGACUCGAUGGCCAUUACGGCUAACCGUCCACCGCGCAAGCUUCGAUCUGGCUGCCAUUUGGGGGGCUGCUGGCUACUACUUGAAGUAUAUCGGCUUUUACAUAUCCCAGCAUACAUGCGUACAUGAAAUACUCUAUAUCCUGAAUUCAGGCUUAUUCAAUGUAUAGAUCAUUUCAAUUCAGUAUAAACGUUAAUCGACAGUUGUAUAUUUGGAAAUCUAGACAUGCUGUUGUAGACGUGUAAUUAUCGCACUAUGCACUCACUGAAGUUAAUGAUAUUAAAUGUUAGAAAACCUAAAAAUUGUCAUGUUUGUACGCAAAUAUCUCACAGAUGUGCAAGUGUAUUUUUUUAACCGAGAGUUGUGUAGAAACUGAAAAACCCGUCAUUAUGUGAAAAGCAUCUGAAUUCAUGCAAAGACCGCAGAGACGUGAUGGGGCUAAGGGGCUUAGCACAUGUACAUUUAGCCCCGAAGUAUCCUUUGAGCCAUAUAAUGAACAGACUUUCAUUUGGCUUUAGGCUGAGCCCCCAAAACUAUAAGUCCUCUUCCCAAAUUCGUCUUAUACUUUGCAGUUCCUGAUCUCCUGAAUUCGCAGUGAGGGCUAACAUUGCCUGUCAUAAUCCAUUUUAGACUCAAUAAGUGUUCUUUGCUUGAGUAGUUUUCAUUUCCCUCACCCCUGCCCUAUAAGAUGG